GGUACUUGUGAAGAUAUGUGUCCGGAAAAGGAACGCUACAUGAGAGUCGUUCAGAAGCGUCUCAGUUUAUACGAAUGUUCCCAAGAUGGAAGAAUGGCUCCAGAGUUAACAGUCAAAGAAUACAGUCGAAGUGCAGCCGAUCAGGAGGAGCCGCUACCGCAUGAAUUGCGACCGGCAGAUGUACUUCAACGAACCAUGAAUUACCUCGUUGGAAAGAUUGUGAAUUGCGUUCCAAAGACCGAUGAAGAAUUGGCUCAGUGGUAUGAUUUUCUGUGGAAUAGAACACGGGCUAUUCGAAAGGAUAUAACACAACAAAUGAUGGUCAACGAUACAGCUGUUAGUCUG